AUGGCAGCUCCCCAGGAUCGACAGAAUGAGAGGACGGUGGGGAGCGGCACGCUUAUUCCACAGAUUAAUUUGUAUGACAAGGCAAACAAAGUCGCUUACUUUGGAGACAGCGACCUGGCAGCCUCUUCGCAUAUCGACUUUGAAAAAUAUGGCAGGGGAAAUCCACUCCUUGGGGAAUCGGAGAAGCCGGCGCGUGCGUUGUUGGCUGCACUGACAACAUUACUGUCUUUGACCGUGGUCGCAUUCCUAACUCAAGAACUUGCAGCCCGUGCCCUUUCGCAAGUCGAAGAAUGGCUAACUUCAAGCUACGACGAUUCUGUGGAGUUCACGAUUGGAUUUUUCGUAGUAAAGGCAUCGGUCCAAAUGCCAGGGGAUGCAUCAUCGCAAGUUGAACCCAACUCGUCAGUUUUAAAGACGUGGAUGGAGGGCUUUUUAGUGCACACCAGAGAGAAGGAUGCCACGCUCGUGAUGGGCCCAAAGUUAUACAAAGUCAAGUACAGCGAACAUGCGGCUGCUGAGAUGCUCGAUUCUUCAUGGGGCGAUGUGGAGACCGCGAUAUUUGGGCCAGCCACUAGUGGCCAAGAAACAGAGUGGAAAGGAUCAACCAGAGUGGGGAAAAAAGAAGCCAGUGUUCGUUUAAAAGCACGGGACUUGAGGAAGCGAGAGGUUAAAAAGCUUGAGCGAACUCCCAGCACGAAGGCUGCUGAGAUGACGCGGUGGAUUGCUGGUGAAGGUGCGAAGUUUGGCCAGGAAACUGAAAAUGAUCUCCUUGAUGAAGCAUUUCUUGGACCUCCAGGCCUAGGUUAG